AUGUCAUUUGUUGCGAGAAAAGCCGAUCAGCGAAGGAAGAAAGAGGCUAUUGAUCGGUUGAAAUCGUUCCAGCCGUUCAGUGCCCGUACGCCGCAGCGAGAAGAGGAGACAGAAAACGUACAUGGAAAGAAGACACAGAUUCCUCAUCUGAUAUAUGACAAUAGUAUGUUGCCAGUCAGAGCAUCCACCGUCAUCAGCCAGAACCAUGCCGACCCUUUUCACGCCUACCCUGUGCCAAUGAGCAACGCCAUGCAUGUGUAUUUUCGUCAUUACAGAUUCUACGUGAUUCCCAAAUCGUAUCCGUUUAAUGUUGAUCGGAUGAACACCUGGUGGACUGAAAGGUCGCUCAUUUCCCCGGCGCUCCUCCACACUAAACUCUGUAUCGGGGCUGGACACAAGGCGGCUCUUGAAUCUCGCAAUGGUGUUUCUUCUGUAGCAAGCCAAAAGUCACUCAGAGAUUGCAUAAAAUAUCGAACAAACGCCAUCAGGGCCUUGAACGAUUUACUGCAGGAUCCCGUAACUGCAGUGGCAGAGUCUACAGUGUUAACUGUUGGUUCAAUCGUGACAAUCGAGACCAUCAAUGCCGAAUUUGCGGCUCUGCAGACGCAUAUGAAAGGCCUGGCUACGCUUAUAGAACUAGCUGGCGGUCUUGAUGCAUUCGAGCACAUGACACUUUCCAGCGUAUACCACGCUGUCUCGGGGUAUGCUGCCCUGCAGAACAAACCGCCGAUCAUCCCAAUGUCGGCGAAGUUUCGCAGCGAGGUACUUCACGAGCCCGCCAUUUUUCAUCCAAGGCCUGAUGAUGAUUACGCAAUCGACUUCGUAAUCCCACCCUAUAUCGCUACUCUCGGCUCUCGCUUUGCUGCUAGCUCCCCCUGGUACACAGAGGUUUCUCCAUCUCUAAAKGACUUUCUCACGAUCUUCACAAGGCUCAUCCAGCAUUUCGAGCUUGGCAAAGCAUAUCCCGAAAUCGUAGGGCCCACCGACAAUGAUCUUUUCCCCAUCUUUCAACACGACUUCCUCUCCGCUAUUCCUGCCAACAGUCCAACAUCAUACAAGAUGAAUGAUUAUAUUAAUCCGCCUCUCCGCUACUCCAUUAUCAUGUACUUAUGGGCCUGUGUCUCCCAUCUCCAAUCUCUGCCCAUUGUGCGCCACAUGGUGGAAACCUUCAAGCACAUUCUUGAACCCCGAGUUCCUUACCUCCUGGUGGCCGCGCCUGACUUGCUACUCUGGAUGCUUGUUUUAGGAGUGUUGGCGGCCAAGGGUAACAAAAACACUCACUCAUGGUUUGUUCUUCAUUCUGCGCAUGUGGCGCGGCGCCUUGGCCUCAGCGACAGGAAUCAGGCACGGCGCCUGCUCGGGGAGUUCUUUUACACCAAUCAGCCUGAGGAUCUGGGUGAAGGGUUGUGGAUUGAGGAGGUGGUGGCUUCGAGUGCGCGUAUAUGUAGUAGUGACGGUUCCGGUUUUGACGUACAGUAG